GGUGUUUAUUAAAUUUAUCUUGCAGUGCUGGGUUGCGAAUUAUUCCCGAUGCAUAGAAUCCUCCUUGUGGGGAUUCUAGCGAUAUUAUUGUGGGCAGCUAAUGUGUCUCCGGCUCCCACAAAUGGCGCUGAAAUCGACCUCGAUGGAUCCAGUUUUGAUUUCGAAACUAAAAAGGUCACUGGCGUGACUGAAAGUAGCGAAAGGGAAAAGCGAAAUUAUGGGAUGCAACAGGCGCCUGUUCAAACUCCGGAAAUAAACAUCAAUCCUUUUCUUCCGAUUAUCCCGCCAAUUCUGCCGCCGUUCCCCCCAUGGUGGCCGCCUUUCCCUCCGAUUUGGCCGCCGUUUUUCCCACCAUUCAAUCCCUUUUGCAACUUCCUCGGACGAAUUUUGAUGCUGUGCAUUUAAAUUUAUUUUUGCGUAAUUUCGUUUUUAAAAGCGGGAUUCUUCAGCUCCACUUUUUGGACCCUGAGCAAAAGUGGUGUGCAACCCUAAGCAAAUUAGCACAUUAUACUUUUUUAUUUUGGUGCUGAACUAAUGCUAAUUCAAUCACGUGGAAUCGAGCAUUUAUCGAUGAAUAUAUUUCCCCGCCUUCAUUUCAAUUAUUUCAUAUCGAUUACACUAAAAUGUUUUAAAGUCGGGCUUAUGCAGUAGACGAAAACGAACCUACUUCCGCCAUUUCUUCGAUUUAUUUAUUUAUUGCGUCUUGCUUUUUGUAAUCGUCAUAUUAAUUCAAUUAUUCGACUGUCAAAAGGAUACAUUUUGGGAUGUUGACCGCAGCACCUAUUUUGGCAUCAGUAAAAAUAACAUCCAAGUCACACAAAGAGAAGGAAGUCCCUCUUUGCUACAGGUAAUUUUUUUAAUUAGCUGAAUGGAUUGGAAAGUGCUGGGAAAAGUACUAAAGAAUCUUUCUUACAUAGAUCUUAUGGUUGGAAAUAUCUGUUUCUUGAAAUUAUGCCCAAUAAAAGUCAAUUUUUCUAAAAUGUAUUGGCAAUUUUAUCAUGGAAUGUCCUUGUGUCGAGUCAGUGUCCUUAUGUUGGGUUUUUCUAUGAUUUUGUUAUUGUAAAAAAAUGUCCCUAUGUCGAAUUGUCCCCAUGUUGAGGUGUCCGCAUGUGGGGGUCUCACUGUAUAUCACUGGAAAGUCAGAUGGCGAAAUUGACUUUAGCAUGGUGAAAGCACCUUUUUCCAUGUAGUACAGCGUUUAUUUUUUGUGAAAAAGUGGAUGCCAUUUGGUGAUGGAAGUUUUUUUUGUUGGGAUUC